CGAAAAAAUUCCGCUACGAGCCUCCACCGUUCUUGAUUCAUGUUUUCAUGCAUUUUCAACUAAAUAAUUGUCCUAAAAAUUAAAUUAUUCAACAUAUAAUGUGUGAAUUUUCUCAACGUAUGAUAGUGUAGAAUCUUUGCUGUGCGUACAAGUACAUAAUUUACCAAAACAUUGAACUCUAAGUUAGAUUUUAACUUAUCAAUGUUCUAACCUAAAUGUGUGUCUAUGUUAACAAUGACACAAAGGAAAAAUCAGUAACGAUAUACGAUAUAUCAAAUUAUUAUACUUGUUUUAUUUAUCAAUCUUCUGUAACAAGUAUUUAAUACAGUAUUAGAUUACAUAUAAAUAUCUAUAUAUAUAUUUAUUGAGAAAUAAGUCAAAAAGUUGUUCGCAACGAUGGCUGCAACAAGGGAAAGACGUGCAAAUGCUGGUAAUAAGAUGGCAAGAUUAUUAAAUGAGGAAGAGGAGGAUGAUUUUUAUAAAACUACGUAUGGUGGCUUUGAUGAAGUGGAGCAGGAUCACGAUUACAUGGAAGAAGAUGAAGGAGAAGACGAAGUAGAUUCAGAUUUUAGUAUUGAUGAGAAUGAUGAGCCGGUUUCUGAUACCGAGCAAGAGGGACCAAAAAAGAAACGUAGACUAGUAACGAAAGCUUAUAAAGAACCAAAAGCUCCAACAUUACAUACUCAAGUACCCAAGGAAAAGAAAAUCAAGCAACCGAAACAAGAUAGAAGUUUUGUAGAUAGCAUAGAAAGGAAAUCGAUACGUCGUUCUACUGCUGCAAAAUCAGCGGCUACGCAAAAACGGUUGCGUGAAAGAAAUGAAGAUCAAAAACGGAAGAUAAAGAUUGUAAGGCAUGAUACAUGGAAACCAACGCAGGAAGAAUUACUGGAAGAAGCUUUGCAAACAGAAGAAAUUAAUAUGAAAUCAUUAGAAAAGUAUCAGAAACUAGAAAAUGAAAAGAAGACUACCAGGGUUGUGAGAAAGACGCACAUUGGACCAAUGAUCAGGUAUCAAUCGUUGUCUAUGCCAGUCAUGGUACUAUCCGAGACGUAUGUGGACGAUAAAGAUGAUGAACAAAUCAAUGUUGAGUGUGACAACGAAAAGAAAGCAAAUGCGAUUUCCGACAACGCAGACUCUAAUAACUGUUCAAAGGAAGAAAGUGGCGCAGAAUCAAAAGCCGAUGGAAAGGAUGAUAAAGAUAAGGGAGAAUCUGCAGACGCAGCUCUGUCUACUUCCACUAAAAAUAAAGAUAUCCAUGCUGAGGAAACUGGAGCAUUUUACGAACGCACCUUCAUUAUUUUUGAGAAUGAACAGUCGUUCUUAGAUGUAUUUAAAAAAUCUGCGCCACAAAGGCCUCCAUUGAAACCUCUAUGCGCUAUUACACGAUUGCCUGCUACGUACUUGGAUCCCAUGACACAAUUGCCGUACAAAAAUGUGCAGACCUUCCGUUUACUUCGAGAAGCGUACUAUCAACAGUUAGAAGCUCGAACUGACACGAACGACACUUCUCAGAGUCCAGAAUUACUACGAUGGCUUGAAUGGCGACAGAAAAAUCAUGGUAACUCGCAGAAAAACACUGUCCGCCUGGAAUCAGCGUCUUCUUUGCCCGCAUCUUCGUAGCCUUUCUUACUUGUGAGUUGCAAUUUGAAAUAACACUGCACAGUGUUUUCUCGACUCGAUAUCAAUUUAAGUAACUACUUAAAUUUAAAGAAAUAUACAAUAUGUAUUUAUUAAUAAAGUCCAUUGAUAUAUUUAUUGAUACUUUAUAUCAAUGUAUGAAUCUCG